CUCCAAGGCAGUCAUUACUAUAGGCAAGCAUGACGAGGAACUGGACGCACUCUGAGAAGCUCGACCGGCGCACAGAUGGACAUCUCUCUUUCUUGGAGGGGUCUUUCGAUACUAACAAAAUAUCGGGACCGUGGGCACAGCCUAAAUACUGCUUCAGCAUUGAUGCCAUCCUGUCCACAGACCACCGGGAGGCAGCGAAGCGGUGCGCUUACCCCCAACAAAUACUCGCGUCGAAGCCCUCGCAUGCCCCGCUGCAAUCGCCUUAUGGCUACAUACCUGCCACGGCUCCGUACCAGCAACAACUCCACCAGCUACACAUCGAGCCAUGCCAUCGCUUGCAACAUCACCACACCUACGAAACAGAGUUAUAUGAUGGUAGCAUCGGUUAUCCAAAUCACAUGACAUGUCGUGGAGCUUUCGGGCAGAAAACAUGCAGACGGAUCCGCACAAUCUUCACUACAGAACAACUGAGGAAAUUAGAGGAAGUGUUCAGCAAGCAGCGUUAUAUGACUGGGACUGAGAAGGUGCUGCUCGCCUCAGCGCUACGCCUUACCGAGACCCAGGUAAAAGUAUGGUUCCAGAACAGGAGAACGAAAUGGAGAAAAAGCCAAGAAGACCAAGUCCAAAGUUCCGUUUGUUCUGAGGCGGAAGAGUUUAUAUCUGUGGACAGUGACGACUCCCUGUAGUCUCAAGGAACUUUAAAAGUUGCAGUGAAGACCCUGCAACGGCUUUCCCUUAUUUUUUUUAUUUCUGUUACCAAAUAAUAUUUGGCCUUAGGUAUUUCUUGUCAAACAAGAUACGUUUGGAAGAUGGCACUACUGUGUGGUUUACCAUGCCUCUCAAAUAAAACAUACUCUACCA